AUGGUGCUGUCACGGAUAAAUCAUUUAAACAUCACAUCGUCACCACCUCUCUUAUCAACAGUUGUACAUAGCUCGGCACCUGCCUACCCGUGUAGCCAGAUUCCUCGUUGGCACGGUCAAUUUAUCUUUUGCGUUCAUUCGAGACGAGCUGAUCUUGGAUUGAAGCAAUCAGGCUUACAGUUGUCACAUGACAAGGGUCUCUCAUUCACCCAAUCAGUAGAAGCUGUAGAAGACACACGCCGCGAUACAAUCCCCUCCAUCCCACCUGCUAAGCGGCAAAUAUUUGGAAACUAUAAUAUUUAUUGGGAGCCAGAUGUUAGAGGUGGUCAGUGUGCUACUUACAAGCCACACGUACUCAAUGGAGGCGAUCAAGAUUGCCAAUUCAAUUUGACCUACAAAGAUGACUAUGACAAACCACUUCACACAGAAUCAUUUACUGCCAGCAAAGGCUCCACUGAGGUAAGCGAACCACUUCUUGAAAAUUGGCGUGUCGCUCUAUGA